GGCAUCGCUCAAGGCCAGAGUGGCUCUAGGGAGCCAGCUGGCCCGAUAGACUGGUGGUUUCUGCGCAACAGUCCCUGGCAACUCCCCUGUGAUUCAGACACCAUUUUAGACUCCUUUCACUCUCUCUCUCUCUCUCUUCCCCACCUUCACUCAUCUUCGCCUGAUUGCUCUGGUCUCCCUCCCAUUUUCUGUCCUUCCUCCCCCAGCACUCAGAGUCCCAGUCCCCUACCAGUGUCUCUGGAGUACCUGUCCCUCUCUUGGGUCUCAGGCACUCACCCUCUGUCCAUCUGCUUUGCAGGAUGCCACAGCUGAGCCUGUCCUGGCUGGGCCUGGGGCUGGAGGCUGCCUCUCCAUGGUUGUACCUGUUGCUGGUUGGGGCCUCCUGGAUCCUGGCCCGAAUUCUGGCCCGGGCCUACGCCUUCUAUGACAACUGCGGCCGCCUUCGAUGUUUCCCUCAGCCCCCCAGAAGGAACUGGUUUUGGGGUCACCUAGGAAUGACGCAGAGCAACGAGGAAGGCAUGCGACUGGUGGAGGAGCUGGGCCACUACUUCCGUGAUGUCCACCUCUGGUGGGUUGGGCCACUCUACCCCGUCCUGCGCCUUGUCCACCCUAAGUUCGUUGCUCCCUUGCUUCAGGCCCCAGCUACAGUUGCACCCAAGGAAAUGACUCUCUAUGGCUUCCUGAGACCCUGGCUGGGUGAGGGAUGGGCUUUGCUGAGUGCUGGUGACAAGUGGAGCCGUCAUCGUCGCUUGCUAACACCAGCCUUCCACUUCAACAUCCUGAAGCCCUAUGUGAAGAUUUUCAACAAGAGUGUGAACAUCAUGCAUGCCAAGUGGCAGCGCCUGGUGUCAGAAGGCAAUUCCCAUCUGGACAUGUUUGAGCACAUCAGCCUCAUGACCUUGGACAGUCUACAGAAAUGUGUCUUUAGCUUCGACAGCAACUGUCAGGAGAAUCCCAGUGAAUAUAUUGCUGCCAUCUUGGAGCUCAGUGCCCUCAUAGUGAAACGGUACCAGCAGAUCUUUCUGCACAUGAACUUCCUGUAUCACCUCACUUCUGAUGGGUGGCGCUUCCGUAAGGCCUGCAAGCUGGUGCAUGACUUCACAGAUGCCAUCAUCCAGGAGCGGCGCCAUACCCUCACUAGUCAGGGUGUUGAUGAGUUCCUCAAGGCCAAGGCCAAGUCUAAGACUUUGGACUUCAUCGAUGUGCUCCUACUGGCCAAGGAUGAAAAUGGGAAGGAAUUGUCAGAUGAGGACAUACGAUCAGAGGCUGACACUUUCAUGUUUGGAGGCCAUGACACCACAGCCAGUGGUCUCUCCUGGGUCCUGUACAACCUAGCGAGGCACCCAGAAUACCAGGAGCGCUGUCGGCGGGAGGUGCAGGAGCUCCUGAGGGACCGGGACCCUAAAGAGAUCGAAUGGGACGACCUGGCCCAGUUGCCCUUCCUGACCAUGUGCAUCAAGGAGAGUCUGCGGCUGCAUCCGCCGGUCACCGUCAUCUCCCGCUGCUGCACGCAGGACGUGAUGCUCCCAGAUGGCCGGGUCAUCCCCAAAGGGAACAUCUGUGCCAUCAGCAUCUUCGGGAUUCAUCAUAACCCUUCAGUCUGGCCGCAACCUGAGGUCUAUGACCCCUUCCGCUUCGACCCAGAAAACCCCCAGAAGAGGUCACCUCUGGCUUUUAUACCCUUCUCGGCAGGGCCCAGGAACUGCAUCGGACAGACGUUCGCCAUGAGCGAGAUGAAGGUGGCGCUGGCGCUGACGCUGCUGCGCUUCCGCGUGCUGCCCGACCACGCGGAGCCGCGCAGGAAGCCUGAGCUGAUCCUGCGCGCAGAGGGCGGGCUGUGGCUGCGGGUGGAGCCGCUGCGCGCGGGCGCUCGGUGACCACAGCCUGCGGGACCCGACCGU